AUAUAUAUGCGGAAGCAGUCAGCUGACAGAAUUUUGUUUUGGUCCCCCUCCCUCCAGCUAAGGUCCAGCUCAGUGCUCGUCAUCCAUUUGUGUUUCUGCGAUCAGGUUGUUCUGUGACAGCAAACGGAAAUGAAGAAGUUAUUCGAUGGCUUUAAGAAAGACCUUAAGUUUAAAACUGCGGGACCUGGGAAGAAACUAACAGAAGAUACCAGUAGCAAGCCCGAGGUCGUGCAGAGCAGCUCCAGUAGCAAGAAUAGUCGCCAUGCUCCCAGUGAAGGGUCCCAGAUGGCUGGAGCCGCAGCCCUGGCCAGGAUAGAGCAGCAUCAGCGGCCGAAGGUCUACACCUCUCAGGACGCCAUCAGGAACCAGGUUAAAAGAGAACUGGAGGCAGCUGCACUGGCUGACAAAGAAAAGGCAGAUACAGCAGAGGGAGCCAAAGUGCCAGUGAAAGAUCCCGCCUGUCUCUCAGUGUCAGGUGUGUAUUUCACAUGUCCGCUAACUGGAGCAACUCUAACUAAGAGUGAGAGAGAAGUACACAUUAAAGAGGCCAUUUUGAUGCGGUUUGAGGAGGAUAGAGUCGAGGCCUCUGUUAUGAUGAUCCACACAUUUAACAAAGACCGAGAGAAAGUGAAGGCUGCUGUGGACAUCAUAAGCAAGUACAUUGAGAAUAUAUGUAAGAAUCCCACAGAGGAGAAAUACAGGAAGAUUAAACUCAGCAACAAGGUGUUCCAGGAGAAAGUCCGUUGUGUGGAGGGCAGCAGAGAAUUCCUAGAGGCCGUGGGCUUCACAAGCGUAAUGCUUCCCGUAGAGGGUCAAGAGGAGGAAGAGGAGUUCCUGGUGUUACUAGAGCAUAGCCCCGACGCCCUGGAGUUGAUGAAGGAGAGGAGGGAUCGUCUCCAGAGAGGAGAGCCGGUCAGAGCUCAGCUGGACCGACAGCCUCAAGCAUUCAGAUCCUCUCCCAACGCCCAAUGCUUCGAGCUGCCGCCAGAAUUCUACAACCUGACGGCGGAGGAGCUCAAGAGGGAGCAACAGCAGAGGAGUGAGCUGGUGGAGAAGAACGCCAUGCUGCGCACUAAAGCCAUGAGGGAGAAAGAGGAGCAGAGGGAGAGAAGGAAAUACAACUACACUCUGCUCAGGAUCCGACUGCCUGAUGGAAGCAUUCUACAAGGGACCUUCUAUGCGUGGGACCGGCUGCCUGUGCUGUUUGCGUUUGUACGGGAGUCCUUGGUAGACGGCUGGCAGCCCUUUGAGCUCAUCGCUCCCGGAGGUCAGAAACUACAAGAGUCUGAAGAAGUCGCUCUCGCAGAGUGUAAUUUGGUCCCUGCAGCUGUGCUCACCUUCGCCUGGGAUGCAGCCGUGCAGGCGGAUAUUGCAGCCGCAGGCGGAAAGAGCCCCGCCCUCCUCAAACCAGAGCUGUUGGAAACCAUUCGGACCCUGAGCUGAGAAGGCCCUCUGUCCCUGAACUCUCCCUGCUACCUCCCCCCGCUGGCACUACUACUGGGGUGGACGUGCCCCUUACAAAUGACUAGUUUUUUUUUUUCUUCUUUUUUUACAAAUGCUAACUUAAGUCAGUAGCAACAAUAGACUAGGGGACAACUUCACCCUAAUGCGCUUGUUUUGCUGAGCAGCCCGUUCUCUCUCUCGCCGUGGCGAUGUCGUCACCCUGCAGACAGUUUCAGCAGCACGCUGUACUGAAGGAAGCUCUACUAACAGAUGUAAGGAGAAAGCCAGGGACAAGUGCUUUGUGCUGCAUCCUGAAUGUACACGCUGUGUAGACAACAGACGAACCAACAAUCUGCCAGUCAGGUAUACCUCAUGUGGCAUGUUGAGAGACCUGGUUUUAGCUGUGUUGACACUUCGUCCCCUUGUUUAAAGUAAACUGUCCACAUUGCUUCCACAACAGUUGGAUUAACAGUUUGGCUGUACAGUAAUGCAGAGAAAAAUUCUAAGUAAUGAAGCCAAGUAAAUUUGGUCAAAUACUGUUGAGGACAUGGAAUCGAUGUCUCAGCACCUAGAUUCCUUAAUUUUAAAAGACUUGACAUGCUAUUAGUUUUGUUUAGCGAUGUUCAAGUUUAAGCAGUGUUUAUUUUUCUCAGUCAACUGAUGGAUUGGAUUUGAUAUAUUAGUCUGGUUCGUCCUGUGCUCUGCAGUGGCCUUGCACUCCCUGUUGUACAACAUUCGUAUGUGUAUGAGCACAAACCCGAAACAUACAUGAUGACUUAAAAUGGAGGUUCAUAACAGUCAUGUGUUGACAGGGUUGAGGGUGGAUUCUAUAUAAAAAAAUAUUUUUCUUGUAUGUUACCAGCUUUUUGGGAUCAUUUAAAACUUUAUAAAACACUAAAGAUACUCUAAAUGUAAAAUAACAAAAAAAACAUACUUUCUCCACACUACUAAUUGCAGAGGAACCCUCCAUAAGCUUUAUGUAACCAACCUGUUCUGGCACGCAGGCAGGCAUGGAUUACAUGUCUGCAGCGUGGACUCGUGUUGUCUUCAUAAUAGUAGUUUUAAUUCAUCUUGAGUCUUGUAUUUGUUUGUAUCAAACACAUUUCCUUGAGAUAAAAAAGGGUGUAUAUUUCAAACAUGGUGGGAAUACAU